CAACAACCAAGAACACUCUUCCAUCGAGCAUCCCAGUCUUCGCCAUAACACAAUCUCAAACAGCAACAAACUCGUCAACUCAAGUCUACUAAUAACUGUAGGAGAUAUUUAUGUUCGUCAAUCCAUUCUCCGCCGUAAUCACCACGUCCAAGAAAUCCCCGGGAUAGAGCUUAUCCUUGAAGAACGGCUCAUGCACAUUCUCCUUGAUGACGAAAUCAAACAUAUGCAACAGCAGCCUCUCGUACACCUUCUCGGCCGUCCUGGCCCGCGUCUGGGACCAGAUCCGCAGCCGGAUAUGCCCCUUGGGCGUCUCGCCGACCGGAUUCGCCCAGUCUUUGGCCUCGUACCGACGCUGGAGCUCCUCCUGCGCUUUGCCAAUCACCCCGGCCUGGUCUCUCAGGUUGGUUUCGGCCACGCACAGGUCGACGAAGAUGAUUAUGUAGUCUGUGGGGUACUUCGACCGCGCGACGAUUGGGUUCCAGUGCAAACAGUCGGGCUUGUCGCAGCCGUUGCAGGCGAUUUCGAGCCCUUGGUUGAGGAGGCCGACUUUGCGUGUGUUCUCGCACCGGGAGCAGACGCAGUUGGGGACGCAAUGGGAGCAGACGCAGUCGGGGAGGCAAUGGGGGUUGGUGGCGACGGGUGGUGUGGGACACAUCUUUCUAAUGUCAGAAUUGGGUUUCCUCAGUAAGUAGACUAGACCGAGAGGUGGUUAGUUUGACCUGAGUUUGGCAAGGGGGAUUGUUCAGCCGUGAAAAGUGGAUAGAGGUUGAUGGUGAUGUUGAUGAUGGUGACAGUUUUCAUCUUGAAUGCAAUGCUGGUAUAAAAUCUUAUUUAUACUCCUCUUUCCCCUUCUUGCGCCUCUUUCUGCGAAGUAUCCAUUCUCUUAAUAACGGCCAUUUCCUGUUGAAUAUAUAGACAUCGACCAUCA